AUACUGGGUGGGAUCUUGUUACAGUUUAGCCGUCACUCCCACUGGUUGGCUGUGUAGCCUGCAGAUUUUGUUAACCUAGAAAGACAAUCUAAAAACUCUCUAGCAAUGUCCAGCUCAGAACUCACACUGUAUCUGGACCUCCUAUCACAGCCUUGUCGUUCUGUUUACAUUUUUGCCAAAGCAAACAGAAUUCCUUUCAACUACUGCAAACUGCAGCUGCUAAAAGCAGGGGAACAUCUAACUCAAGAGUUUGGGAAAGUAAGUGUAUUACAUAAAGUGCCUGCGCUGAAAGAUGGCAACUUCACAAUGGCCGAAAGCACUGCCAUGCUACUUUACCUGGCUCGCAAAUAUAAAACCCCCAAUCACUGGUACCCAUCAGAUUUACAGAAGCGUGCCCGUGUAGAUGAAUACCUUGCUUGGCAGCACACUAACACCCGACCCCAUGGCUCUAAGGUGUUUUGGACCAAGUGUGUAUCCCCAACUAUUCUAGGCAAGGAAGUUCCCAGUGAAAAAAUGAAUGCAGUAAUGGCAGAAUUUGUCACAACCAUGAACAAUUUUGAAGAGAAAUUCCUGGGGAACAAACCCUUCAUUGCUGGGGAUGAGAUCUCUGUGGCAGACCUGGUGGCCAUUGUGGAGAUUAUGCAGGUAAUUGCAAGUGGUGUGAAUGUGUUUGAAGAGCGGCCAAAGCUGGGAUCCUGGAAGCAGCGACUAGUGGAGGCUGUCGGGGAAGAGCUGUUUCUAGAGGCGCAUGAGUGGAUUCUCAGUUUCAGCAAACAAAAAUUUGACCCUCCCCCACCUGAGCUGCUGCAGCGCCUGAGAAGCAACCCCCUUUAUAACCACUGAAUAACUCUUGGCACUUUAGCAGUGUUCUAUAUCCAUGAUGUUUAAAUGUCUUAGAUAGAGUUACCAGGUCACUGGAAAAUUCAAGGACACAACUACAUGUUGCAGGGCUGCAACAAUGCCUUUAAAUUGCAAUCAGAGCAGCCCUUUAAGUAACCCUAAUUUCAAAGGCAGUUAUGGUAUCUGGCGCUGAAUUCAGUAUAGUAUUAAUAACAUGUAUGCCCUGCUAAAAUGCGAUUUUUAUCUACACUAGAUUGCCUGCAUGGCAGCAGCUUUGUAUCUAUUUUUCUGCAGGACAUGAUUUGUAUCAUUUGUAACCUCAAUAAAAAGUUAUUUUAAAGUAAA